AUGUUCAAGAAGGAUAUCACCCCCUCGCCCAAACAAAAGCUCAAAUCCUCGAUCCAGCGCAACUUGCGCCAAUCGCUGCUGACCACCUACCCGCUCCUGAUGCCUUUCAUCGACGACAUCAUCCCCAAGAAGGCCUCGCUCGAGCAGAUCAAGCUUCCCGACCGCGUCUCUCUCUACGUCAUCGACGGCACCACCCCCUUGUUCUUCCAGGCCGACACGCCCUCGCAACAAAACACCAUCGUGCCCCACCUCAAGCUCGUCCACCGCUUCCCGCAAUGCUUCCCCACCAUCAGGAUAGACCGCGGCGCCAUCCGCUUUGUCCUGUCCGGCGCGACCCUGAUGGCUCCCGGUCUGACGAGUAAGGGCGGUCGUCUGCCGCUGCCGCAUGAGAGGCCGCCGAGGGAGAAGAGCGCUGCCGAGGCUGAGGAGAGCGAGAUCGAGGUGCCUAAUGAGGGCGCGGAUGAGGAAGGGCACUGGAGUCGCGAGCUGGAGAAGGGAGAGCCGGUUGUGGUUCUGGCGGAGGGUAAGGAGGAGGCUUGUGCUGUUGGUGUGCUGGUUGCGGGGACUAAGGAGAUUAAGGAAAAGGGUAAGGGCCCGGUGAUUGAGGAGGCGCAUUCCCUUGGUGAUGGUCUUUGGAGGAUGGCGUUGGAUUAA